AUGUUCUUGAAAAAUAUCUUGAGUGUUCUUGCUUUUGCUUUAUUAAUUGAUGCUGCUCCAGUUAAAAGAUCUCCAGGGUUUGUUACCUUAGACUUUAAUGUCAAGAGAUCUCUUGUUGAUCCAGAUGAUCCAACUGUUGAAGCUAAAAGAUCUCCUUUAUUUUUAGAGUUUACUCCCUCAGAAUUUCCCGUCGAUGAGACUGGUAGAGAUGGUGAUGUGGACAAAAGAGGACCUGUUGCAGUUACUUUGCACAAUGAAGCUAUUACUUAUACUGCUGAUAUUACUGUUGGUUCAGAUAACCAAAAACUUAAUGUUAUUGUUGACACUGGGUCUUCUGACUUGUGGAUUCCAGAUUCAAACGUUAUUUGUAUUCCAAAAUGGCGUGGUGACAAAGGAGACUUCUGUAAGAGUGCUGGUUCUUAUUCCCCAGCAUCUUCCCGCACUUCCCAAAAUUUGAAUACCCGUUUUGACAUUAAAUAUGGUGACGGUUCUUACGCUAAAGGUAAGUUGUAUAAAGAUACCGUUGGUAUUGGUGGUGUUUCUGUUAGAGAUCAAUUAUUUGCUAACGUUUGGUCUACUAGUGCUCGUAAGGGUAUUUUAGGUAUUGGUUUUCAAAGCGGCGAAGCUACCGAGUUUGAUUACGACAAUCUUCCUAUUAGUUUGAGAAAUCAAGGUAUUAUUGGUAAAGCUGCUUAUUCCCUCUACCUUAACUCUGCUGAAGCUUCUACUGGGCAAAUUAUUUUUGGUGGUAUUGACAAGGCCAAGUACAGUGGCUCUUUAGUUGAUUUACCAAUCACUUCCGAAAAAAAAUUAACUGUCGGUUUAAGAUCUGUCAAUGUUAGGGGACGAAAUGUUGAUGCUAACACUAAUGUCCUUUUAGAUUCUGGUACUACUAUCAGUUAUUUCACUAGAAGUAUUGUUCGUAACAUUCUCUAUGCCAUAGGUGCUCAAAUGAAGUUUGACUCUGCUGGUAAUAAAGUUUAUGUUGCUGAUUGUAAAACUUCAGGUACCAUUGAUUUCCAAUUUGGUAAUAACCUCAAGAUCUCCGUUCCUGUUUCCGAAUUCCUUUUCCAAACAUAUUACACUAGUGGUAAACCUUUCCCAAAAUGUGAAGUUCGUAUUCGUGAAAGUGAAGAUAAUAUUCUUGGUGACAACUUUUUAAGAUCAGCUUAUGUUGUCUACAAUUUGGACGAUAAGAAAAUCUCCAUGGCUCCAGUUAAAUACACUUCCGAGUCUGACAUUGUUGCUAUUAAUUAA